AUGCCACCCCAUAUACUACCUAAGAGUCUUUUCUGUAUUACUCUCAAGACAGUGGAGGGACUAGUAAAUACAGCAUGUAUAAACAUUGAAGAAAGGUACGGCAAUUAUGAUUCAAAUAAAUGUCAACAGGCUGUCCAGUGUGUUCAGCAGUAUUUGUUAUCCAACAUCCCUGGUCUAGUAUUGGAUGAAGUUUGUGAAGAAAGAAAUAAUAAUGUUGGAUUACAUUGCAGUAGAGUUCACGAUGGUCGCAUUAGUUUGGCUGUGUAUAUGCAUAACAAUAUGAGAACUUUUACUGUUGGAGAAACAAAGCACAAUGUUUGUGUGGAUGAUAAUUUCUGGAUAAGUCACUUAAGUAGGCUGCAUAAUCUUAUUGCUCUUGAUUUACAUCUAAUGUGCACUGAUGAAAUUUUGGAAGUUGUGGGUAAUACAUGUAUUAAAUUGGAAGAUAUUAAUAUUGUUUCACGAUUAGCACCAGAGCAAGUAAAAAUUAAUGCACGGUGUGAGACAUUUAAUGCUUUAAAAUUAAGGUUUUUUAUAUCUGAUAAGGGACUAAGCUAUUUGUCCAACUGUAAAUAUUUAAAGAAAAUAACCAUGAAUAAAAUGUUGAGAAGUAAUUUUGGAGGUAGAAUGAUGACAGACGCAGGUAUUCGAAAAUUGGUGAAGUCUCUACCUAACAUUCAGGCCAUUUCUUAUGAUGACAUGGGUGUUAUUUUAUCUGAAGAUAUGGAUGAUGUUGAGUCCAUACCUCUUCAAUAUCUUAGUGAUCACCAUCCUGCAUCCAGUCAUAUAAAAGCAGCUUCUAGGCUUUGUAAAAAUUUACAACAUCUUUGUUUACAUUUGCCUAAUUUGGCUUAUGACCAAAGAUUGAAAGCUUCAGAAAUUUUAGAUGUGUUGACCAGUAGUGAUUUGAAUGUCCAAACCCUUGAACUGUAUCAAUUUCCAUGCAGCCCUGAGUUUUUCACUUUGUUGAAAGUCAAAGGCAAUUCUCUCAUUACUUUAAUUCUGCAGACUAACAGUCCCAUUUGUGCUACUUCUGUACGUUUCAUUGGAGAGAAUUGUCCCAACCUUAAAAGUUUGCAGCUCAAAGAAGUUGUUGCUAGUCCACAGCAAGAUUAUGAACAGUGUGAACGCCAGUAUUCAUUUAAUUCUGAACCAUUGUUCUGUAAUUUGCGGUGCCUUUAUGUUUGGGGAAGUAAGUGGAACCCAGAUGUUAUUUUACCUCUGUGUCUUACACAUGCAAAGGAGAUGGAAUAUCUAACGCUUCUUAAAGCAAAUGACUAUCGUUUUUUGGAUGAAGUAAUGGCAAAAAUCUUGCGAAAUAACCCUUUGACCAACUUGAAAUCCAUCCAAAUGUUUACAGGCUGUUUGGUUUCUUUGACAACUCUUCGUUACUUUCUAAAAUACUGCCCUGAUUUAGCAGAAUUGUCUUUUACUAAACAUUCCGACAUUAAAAAUAAAGAUAUAAAGGAAAUUUAUGAUGAAAUUAGACUCAAUAAUUUAGAUCUUAGAGUUUGUUCUGUAGAAGGUGGUGAUAGAUAG